AAAAGGGGAGAAAUAGAAAGCAAUUGACACUUUCCUUCAAAAUUUGAGAUUUUCCGGGAAAGUAUCUUUCUUUUCUCGGGAAAAUAUCUUUCUUUUCUCUCCAUGUUUAGUGUUUCUGGAGCUAAAAUGAGUAAGCUUUGGGUUCAGCUGUUCCUCUUUCUGCUCUCGAUCUCUUCGAGCUUCCAUGAAUCGUCGAGUUCUUAUGCUGGUUCGGCGGCUUCCAUCAUCAAUCCUUCCAAAGUCAAACAGGUUUCAUGGAAACCACGAGCUUUCGUGUACGAAGGAUUUCUCACGGACUUGGAGUGCGACCAUUUGAUCUCCCUGGCCAAAUCAGAGCUGAAAAGAUCGGCAGUGGCGGAUAAUGUUUCUGGAAAGAGCAAGCUGAGCGAAGUCCGUACCAGCUCCGGCAUGUUCAUCCCUAAGGCCAAGGAUCCUAUUGUUGCUGGUAUAGAAGAUAAGAUUUCAACUUGGACCUUUCUUCCUAAAGAAAAUGGAGAAGAUAUGCAAGUACUGAGAUAUGAACAUGGCCAGAAAUAUGACCCUCACUAUGAUUACUUUGCUGAUAAAGUCAAUAUUGCUCGGGGUGGACACCGCAUAGCAACUGUGCUCAUGUAUCUAACUGAUGUGGUGAAGGGUGGUGAAACAGUGUUCCCUUCAGCAGAGGAAUCUCACCAUCACAAGGCUUCCACAACAGACGAUGAUCUCUCUGAGUGUGCGAAGAAAGGAAUUGCAGUCAAACCACGACGAGGGGAUGCCCUUCUUUUCUUCAGUCUCCUCCCAACGGCGGUCCCAGACACAAUCAGUCUCCAUGCAGGGUGUCCAGUGAUUGAGGGUGAGAAAUGGUCAGCAACAAAGUGGAUUCAUGUGGACUCAUUUGACAAAGACUUGUCUGCUGGCGGAAAAUGUACAGACCAGAAUGAGAGCUGCGAGAGAUGGGCUGCCCUUGGAGAAUGCAACAAGAACCGGGAAUACAUGGUUGGAUCUCCGGAGCUUCCUGGGUACUGUAGAAGGAGUUGCAAAGUGUGUUAGAGUCGUUAUCUUUGUACUUCAAGUAUCCAUUCAGGGAUUCACCAGAUCAGCGAGAUUCAUUUUUUUUCUAUUUCACUUUCAUUCUAAUUACAUGUUUCAUUACUAGUACCUUAACAGACAGCUAAAUUAAAGCCCUACUCUUUUUCUUUUUCUUUUUCUUUUUCUUUUUUUUUUUUUUUUUUUUUUUUUUUUU